UUGCAAUCAGAGAAUUUGAAUGCAAGGAUCGGCUUUUGAAUUCAUUGGCAGCCUUGACGACUUUAUGCAUUUUCCUUGCCAUAAGUUCUGGUGUGUGUGAAUCAGCAUCUUUGGUCGCCUGUGGAGAUUUGAGAGAGAUGGAACUUUUCCUUUUCUUUAUGCUAGAGGCUGAUAACCAAGAAAUUUUUGACAUGGUUCUCCGCCUCACUGCUUAUCAUUAUCCUGAAAAUAUCGUCUUGCCACAAGGAUAUACUCCUCCAAAUCUGGCAGUUAGCAAACUUUACUGGAAGGCUUGGUUGAUGCUAUUGAUGCUGAUUGCUCAUAAUCCUGGCAGUCUUGGGUCUGAGGCAUGGAAUUCAUUCCCUCCUAUACUCCGAGCAUUGAUGGAGAUGUGUAUCACAAAUGAUUUCACUACUUCUUCUGGUACCACAGACCAGACAGAGUUGCAGGUGGCUGCAAUUGAAAAGCAAACCAUCUUGGAAUUCGAAACAGAUCUAGGAGCCGCCUCUACAAAAACUGUUAUUACCGAGAACAAUUCUUUGCUGCUUAGUCAAUUGACAUCACUUGAUCCACGAGGAUCUACGCGACAACCUCCUCCGGCUGUUAUUGAGCAGCUUCGAACUUUGAACGCAACACUUCGACUGGGUCACCUACUUUGUAGAAGUCGCCAACCGAACUUUUUAUUGUAAAUUCUGCAUAGGCAAGGAGCUGCGCAAACGAAGCCAUGGCUGGCUGAUUUGGUCGAGUCCAAUGAAGGUGCUUGGAACGUUCUGCCUGUUCAAUGUCUUUGUGAGUUUUUGCUUCACGAAGCAGCUGAUGGUCUGCCUGUUAAUGAUCUAAUGAACGAUUGUAAGCAACAGCUUGGCAAACGCAAGGAACGUCGUCACAAACACCAACAGUUGGUCCAGCAUCUAAGACUUUUGUUGACUGAUCCCAAUCAACUACCCGAAGCAUGCCGUGAAGUCCUAGACUAUUUGAUGAGACGAUUGAGUGCUCAGAAAGCUCUCGCCCGUCACCAAGCCCUCACGGCAUUUAGUGUGGUCUUGGCAGUAAAAGACGAUGAUAUUACCAUGAGUGAUGGUGCAUGCUCCGAAGGAACAGGAGACGAUUCCCAGUUCUCUUGGCUUGUUCAUCAGUUACCUACCAUCCCACAUUUCGAAGCCGUACGCCCUGCCGUGAUUGCUGCUCUACGGGCCGCCUUUCUAAUUGAAACACAACCACUAGCCAUGUGUAUGCGUCAUCGUAAACAUCCGAUUCCGAUAUUUCCUUAUUUUUCAUAAUUUUUCCGUGCUUUCCCCUUUUUUCCCCAUUUUUAUCAAAAAUUUUCCAAUAUUUCCUAAUUUUCUUGGAGCAGGACGCAAGUCCUGACUAGUGACGUUUUUUUAAUACAUAGCCAUCUAGCGCUCA